GAUAAAAUUUCUUAUUUACAGAUGAAAUAGAAUCAAAUAUCAAUGAAACAUCUGAAAUAGAAUCAAAUAUCAGUGAAACAUCUGAUGAAUUAGAAAGUAUUCACAAUAUUUUACAGGCACAUUUUCCCUCAUAUCCAAAUCAUCAGUUUGAUAAAUUAAUUGACAGUGACAGUGAUUUAGAAGAUGGUGAAUUAGAUAGCAGUUCUGACGAUGAAGCAAUUAAUAAAAAUGUUGGAAUAGUACUUAGUAAAGAAGAAACCCUAAGUAUUUGGAAUGGAAUUACCGAAAUGGCUGAUAAAGAUUUUCCUGAUUUAUUGAAAUGUUUUAAGGAAAAAGAUAUGAAUUUAGUUAAAUUUGAUAGUAUAUGUAAUGAAAAGAUGCUUGAAGUUAUGAGUGAAAAAUUAGGUGGUGGUAGGCGCAGUAAAGAAAUUCAGAAGGUUUUGGAAAUUGAGAAAGCUUGGAGGUCAAAGUAUACAUUGUUACAUAAAGAAUGUGAAGAGCUCAUAAAUAUUUUUAACAUGAAUAAGGAAAAUUCGCAUAUCAAUCCAAAUGCUAGGCGACAUAUAGUUACAAGAAAUGUAGGUUUACAAGCAGAAUUAAUUCCAGAAAAGGAUAGUAGUGUGCAGUCAUUAAAAGAAAAUAUUGCUACUACUUCUGUACAGCAACAUGAACAACCCAGUGAAGCUAUGAAUAUUACUAGUGAUGAUGAAAAUAAUGUCAUUGCAGUAUUAGACGAUAUGAUAAAUCCUAAACCAUCAUGCUCAAAAAAUGUUGAAUGUGCAACUAAUACAACUCCUAUAAAACAAAAGCCAAGUAUUACAAAUAAACUACCAAUUGAUGUAUCAAUUAAAUCUGUUCUUCCUGCUGUAUCUAUUAAUGAAGAUAAUACUUGUACCGUUGAUCUUACUGAUAAUGAUAAUAUUAAAGUAUCAAAUGAAGUAAGUUUGGAUAAAACACCUACCAAAAUUGUACAACAAGCUACUUUGAAUGCAAGAGAAUCACCAGGGAUUUUAUCAGCACAACUGACAACAAAGCCACACAUUUUGCCAAAAAACAUAACGUACCUAGAAAUACCCAACUUAUCAAAUUGUAAUUCUGGUUAUAUAGAAAGAGCAUCAUCACCAAUUAUGUCUUCCAAUUUAGUACAACAACCUGUAAGUGUUGGACAGACAUUAAAGCCUGUACAAGUUAAAUCGACUUUGAAGUCAGUACAAGUUCAACAUCAUUCUAAAUCUAAUGUUCCAUUACAACCUGUACCUUCUGCUAUUCCUAUACUAAAACAUCCUGCUCCAUUGCCUGCUCCUCCAUUACAAAUAAAUGUUUCUACAUCAAAAAAAAUUCCACCUGCACCAAUAAUGACCCUUGCUAAAUCUGGAGAUAAAAAAGCAUUAGUGCUUUCUUGGAAUAUGAAUCUUGACUACACACAUGCUGAAAUUUCUGGUUAUCAAAUAUUUGGUUAUAUAGAAUCACCUACAGAUAUUCCUAGAAGUGAUCUUUGGAAAGAAAUUGGAAACGUCAAUGCUCUUCCUUUACCAAUGGCUUGCUCAUUAUCUAAAUUUGUUGCUGGUGAAAAAUACCAUUUUGCAGUAAGAGCCAAGGAUAUUUACUGUCGUGUUGGGCCAUUUAGUUUACCUAACUCUAUAGAUUCGACAUUUUAGUUUAGAAAAAUUCUAGAAUAUUUUUUGCAGUUUAAUUAUUAUUUUUAAGUAAUUUUUUUUUAACUACUAUGACCAUUAAAAAAAAAAAGAAAUUUUAUUAAGUUUUUAUGAUUUCAUUCAUAAUGUGUUCUUUUUUCCAUAAUAUUCACAUAAUUAUUUGACUUAGAUAUAUACAUUUUAA